AUGUCCCUAACCCCGCCAUGGCCAACACCACCUGCAGGUACCCGGGCGCCUCAUCGUGUCUCGGUCCACAGCCUUCCCAAUGAGCUACUUGACUAUAUCCUCUCCCAGUUUAACGCCUCGUCGUCCAUUGAGAAACGCUUCCGCGAUGACGCUUCUACCAUUAUUGACGGCUACUACGCCGCGCGCGGAGACCGCCCCUCACGCCAGCACCCGCUCAAGUCCCUGUCACUCGUCUGUCGAAGAUGGCGCGCUGCCGCCCUACCCUAUCUAUUUCGGCAUGUGCUCUGGACCUUUCGUCGAUUGGAGGAGCCACCAGCAGCCGCGGCGGCGGCGUUAGGUACGAGGCAAGGUUUUGAGGUGCUGGCGUUUCUGAAAGAGCAUGGCCUCGGGGCGGCGGUGGAUAGUGUCACGCUGUACGUGCCGUGCCCAGAGCACCUGAUUGAUGACCCGACCGAGCUUGUGGGACGCUUCGGCCUGGUGCAAAGUGCCACUUUGGCAGAGACGACGACGGCAACGACGACGACAAGGCAAGGCGUCGACGGUGUCGAGGGGGGAGAGGGGGAUGCGGACAGCGUCGUGUCCUCGGAGAUGGCGAGCCUGGUGCUGGCCGAUGUCGACGGGCAUACCACGUGGUCGAAUACCUGGUUCUGGGACUUGCUCUUCAGCGUCGUCGAUCCGCUACGCCUGAGCAUCCUGGCGGCGCCGGUGGUGCUGGCGACGAUGCUCAGCCGCAAAGUGUAUACGCGCUGCCAGCCGCUCAUCAUGACGCGCUACCAUCUCCUCUCCGUCUCGCGUGCGGACCGAAGUAGUCUGCCUAUGGCUUUAGAAGGCGACGACGACGACGACGACGACGACGACGACGACGACGACAACGACGCCGACAAUGACAAGGACUCGACGGAACCGACGCCGACGACGACGGAUUUCCACAUCCCAAUGGGCGCCAACCUGCCCUGCGAGCUCUUUGCCCGUUGCCGCUGGACCGCGCUACUCGCCAACGAGGGCUCCUCCGUCUCCAUCUACAAGACUAACGCCUACGGGCACACACCACCCUCGCCGUUCCUCAGCCUGCUCGACUCGCACGACCCCGCCACCCGCCGCUUCCUGCGGCGCCAUCUCUACCGCUUCGCCUACGUCGCCAUCAUGCCCAUGGCCACGCACUUUUUCUCCAUACUCGCUGCGCUCGCCCGCCUCGCGCCGCACCGUCUCGCCGAGCUCUUUAUCCAAAUCAUGCCGCGCAGCGUCGACCUGGACCACAUCCGCUACCACCUCGACCCCGACGACACCAACAUACGCUUCGAGGGCCUCGAUAUACAGGACCUCGUCUUGGAGCGCGACGCCAUCUACGGCAUACUCUUUAGGUCCAUCUUUCUCCCUGGCCCGCAGCCAGAGUGGGAGCCGCUCCGCGUGUUCGAGACGGGCGACGCCGACGCCGAUACGGUGGCAUGGGCCGAGUCUGUCAAGGCAGUGCGUGCGAGCACCUCUUGCUGGGACGUGGCAGAGCGCGGCCGCUUUGUGCGAGACCUGGCGCGCGAGGAGGCGAGACGGAGAAGAGAGACGAGCUCGGAUCCUGUCAUGUCAUCGUCUUGUGCGACGCUGUGA